AUGCAGGCGGUGGACGUCGCGUGCGCCGCGUUGCUGCUGGCGAUCAUCGCGGUGUCGCUGCUGUCCAACCUCCUGGUGCUGAUCUGCUUCGCGCACAACCCGGAGAUCCGCAAACAAGCCCCCGCGCUCUUCAUCCUCAACCUGACCUUCUGCAACCUGUUGCAGAGCGUCUCCAACAUGCCCCUCACCCUGGCGGGGCUCCUCACAUCGGGCCAACAGCACCGCCGAGGAGGUGCAGGUGGCGGAGGGGGUCUCUGCCAGACGGUGGGCUUCCUGGACACGUUCCUCACCACCAACUCCAUGCUGACCAUGGCGGCGCUCAGCAUCGACCGGUGGGUGGCGGUGGUCUUCCCGCUGAGCUACCACUCCAGGGUACGGCACAGGGACGCGGUGGCGGCGCUGGGCUACACCUGGGCGCACUCUCUGUGCUUCUCCGCCGCCGCCUCCUGCCGCUCCUGGGUGGGCUACCACCACCUGUACGCGUCGUGCACCCUGAUCUGCGCCAAGGCCAAGGGGGCCGGGCUGCACUUCGUGGUCUUCACGUUGGCUCUGCACGGUCUCAGCUUCCUGCUGGCCCUGGUGGCCAUGUGCGUGACCUACUUGAAAGUGCUCCGAGUGGCCAGGUUCCACUGUAAGCGCAUCGACGUGAUCACCAUGCAGACGCUGCUGUUGCUGGUGGACAUUCACCCCAGUGUUCGCCAGAAGUGCCUGGACGAGCAGAAGCAAAGGAGGCAACGGUCCACCAACAAGAUCAGCACCUUCAUCGGCACGUUUGUGGUGUGCUUCACCCCGUACGUCAUCACCAGAAUUGUGGAGCUGUUCUCCCCGGAACACAUCAACGCUCACUGGGGGGUGCUGUCCAAAUGUUUGGUGUACGGCAAAGCGGCCAGCGACCCCUUCGUGUACUCGCUGCUCCGCCACCAGUACAGGAAAACCUUUGGCCUCCUGGCUCGCAAGAUCCUCGGUAGGAGCCGGCGGGAUUCCUUCUCCCUCGCUUUGAAGGCCAACGCCAGGAGGGACCAAGACGCCCAGCACACUGCCAACGCUACUUGCGAUCACAUCCAAGCGCCAGGCAGCAAGCCGUCUCUUGGCCAGUGA